CUCGAACCAUUCUCAGUGACUGAAAUUGUUAGUAGACUAGACUACUGCCUCAAGCUACCAAUCUGGCUCAAAGUUUACUCUGUCUUCCAUGUGGACAGGCUCAGCCCAUAUCAUGACAAUGGAAUGAACAUAGUCGCACCUCCUCCACUAGUCGUAGUCAAUAAUAAGGAAAAAUAUGAAGUCAAAAAAAUUCUGUACUUGUGCGUCUACUGCAGGCAGCUUCAGUAUCUCAUCAGAUGGAAAGGAUACAGACAAGGUGCUGACAAAUGGAUUCCAGCUAAAGAUGUUCACACAAAAGAACGCAUACGCAACUUCCAUCAGCAAAAUCCCUCGGCACCACAACAGAUCUCCAUCACCUCUUUCAGUAAACCCCACAGUUACUUCAAGCCUAUCUACAAAUACACCAACUUUAGCUUAACAUUAGCCACCAACCCUAAAAGGGCAAGAGUAGAUUGGAGUCGAGGACGGCAUGGGUUCAAAAUUGUUAAAUAA